AUGAAGAGCCAAAAGAAGAAUUUGCGACAUGUUAUACAUCACGGAUUUAAAAAAGGCAAUAGUGAAAAGGACACUGCAGACGAGAUUCGCACCGUUUACGGGAGUGUUACUACGACCAUUAGGAGGACCGUUCGUAAUUUGUUAAAGAAGUUUAGAGCCGGGAAUUUUGAUUUGCAAGAUGAAGAUCGCAGAGGGCGCCCAGUAACGACGGAUGUGGACCUUAUCAAGACUGUACUCGCUGAAAAUUCGCAAUAUAGUGUACGCAAAUCGGUACGAAGUUUGGAUUCCACAUCUAAGGACUGUGACCGGCUAUAUGAACCCCGUCUCUGCGUGCGACUUGCUUCUUCAACAACUCUUCUAAAGAGACUUCUCACUGGAGACGAAACUUGGAUUUGGCAUCAAAACGAGUCAGGAAAACGCACUUCGUCCAAGGAAAAUAGAUCUUCAACUGUUGCGAAGCCUGGAUUCAUCUGA